CCUCAGCCUGCCGGUUGCUAGGAGUCGGCGACGCCAGCCGAGCGGAGGAUUCAAGUCGGCGGGCCUUUCCUACCGGGACCGCGCCUGGGUAGCGCGUAGCGCAACGUGGCCUCCGGGGCCUGCGAGCGGCGAUGGAGCCCGGGAAGAGAAGAACCCAGGAUGACACGUGGAAAGCAGACGACCUCAGAAAACACCUUUGGGCUGCACAGCCAGGUACUCCCAGAGAAGAUAAAAAACACAAGGAGAAGAAGUUGCAUAAGGACUCGGACGCAGACGCCCUGGAGUUCAAGGAGCAAAAGCCCAGGGACACAGACCGGGAGGCCAAGCACCGGGAAAGGGUGGCGGACAGAGGUGGCCACAGCUCCAGAGAGCCUCCCCGUGGGGACAGAGACAAGGAGAAGCUGCGGGAGCGGAGCCGGGGUGCCCGGGACUGGGACAGAGAGAAGCUGAAGGACAGAGCCCGAGAGCAGGACGUGGAGAAGCACCAGAGCCGUGGCAAAGACCGGGAGAGGGAGAGGGACCGGGAGAGGGACCAGGAGCACCACGCGCGGUCGGAGGAGCCCAGAUCGGCCACCACACACCACAACCUGCUGGGCCUGGACCCGCGGAGGCCGCCCCCCGACCUGCCCACACACAGGAGGCGGUCAGUGAGUAAAGCAAGGACUGAAGAGAAGGAGAGGAGAGGCGAGGACUCGGAAAGAGACGAAGAGAGAGAAAGAAGGUACCGGGAAAGGAAGCUGCAGUACGGCGACAGCAAGGACAACCCCCUGAAGUACUGGCUCUAUAAAGAGGAGGAGGGAAGGAGGCACAGGAAGCACAGAGAGCCCGAGCGAGGGAAGAAGCAUCGAGAAAAAAGCAGCACCAGGGAGAAAAGGGAGAAGUAUUCAAAAGAAAAAAGCAGUUUGCUCUCCGAAAAGGAAGGGGACGAAGGACACAAAGGGAAGCGCCGUAAAGAAGCCUUUCGCCUCAGGGACGACGGGCACCACAGCAGCGCGGACGGAACAGAGGGGCCGUCGAAGGGAGAGCCCGGGAGGAGGGCGCCCAGGAACAGCGAGCACAGAAGCCAAGGUGGAAGUUCAAAGAGAGACGGGACUAGCGGCCAGCAUGCAGAGAGUGGAGUGAGGAGCAGUGGGAAAGACAAGGACUCGAGGAGGAAGCACAGCAGCGACGGGGGCCCCGCCGUGUGGAAGCUGGCUCCGCGGCCGGGAGGCGAAGACACUGAGGAAUUUGAAAAGGAAGACCUCGACGUAGGAGAUGUUGGAGCUGAUGGCUACACGGCCAGUUUUGAAGAUGAUUUUGAAGACUACGAAGACGACUUCGAGGUUUGUGAUGGAGACGACGAUGAUGACACCGCCCCCGACGCCGGGGCCGCGGGGCCCGGGUGCGCGGAGAAGGGGGAAGCGCUGCCCCCCGCCAGAAGGAAGGAGAUCCAGGACCUCCAGAGCGCCAUCGCCGCGGAGAACGAGAGGGCCGGCGCGCUGUCCGCGAGGCUGAAGCGCGGCCGAACGGCGCCCGCGGGGGACCCGGGGUCAGAUGCAAACAGCUCCUCUUCCAGAGCCCCGGUUUGUGGGAUAUUUGUGGAUUUUGCCACUGCCUCCCAUCGUCAAAAGAGCCGGACCCAGGCCCUUAAGCAAAAGACACGCAGCACAGAGCUGCUUCGGCUCAUCGACCUGGAUUUUUCGUUCACGUUCUGUCUCUUGGAUCUGCCACCAGUGAACGAAUACGACAUGUACAUCAGAAACUUUGGGAAAAAGAAUACCAGGCAGGCCUACGUUCAGUGCAACGAAGACAACGUUGAACGCGACGUUCAGACGGAGGAGAUAGAGACCAGGGAGGUGUGGACCCAGCACCCGGGGGAAGGCUCGGCCGUGUCUGGGGGGAGCGAGCGCAGAGGCGCCUGGGCCCUGGGCGCACCGAAGGUCGACACGCCACGCCUGUCCAGCUUCCUGCGUGCGGCCUGCCAGGUGGUUGCGGUUCUGCUGGAAGAGGACCGUGUGGCAGCGGCGCCCGGCCGGGACCCCGGGGCCCAGGACAGCACCCUGCCACUCAGCGCCAGCUCCUGCCAGCUGAACACCAGCCUGCCCUUCCUGCAGCAUCGGGAAGUGUCCUGCUUGCACGCCUCCCAGGCUCAGAGGCAGACGGUGGUGUCUGUCCACGGUCUGCCCGGGAAGGCCUGUGCGCCGCCGCUGGACAGCAGAUGCGUGCUCUGCGUGUGGGACCUCUGGCAGCCCUCGGCGCCUCAGAAGGUCCUGGUCUGCGAGUCGCAGGUCACCUGCUGCUGCCUGAGCCCCUCCAAGGCCUUCCUGCUGUUUGCGGGAACUGCGCACGGCUCGGUCGUCGUGUGGGACCUCAGAGAAGACUCUCGGAUACACCGUUACGUGAAGCUGAGCGACUGCUUCUGGACGUUCAGGACGGCGACGUUUUCCACCGAUGGCGCCCUCUCCUCCGUGAGCCACCGCAGUGCCCUGCGCGCCGUGGAACCCGUCUCGGCGUCUGGCUACAGGAAGCCGGGUUUUGUCCUCUCGCCCUUUUCUGCCCACGAAGAAAUGUCGGGGCUGUCAUUCCACAUCGCGUCCUUGGACGAGAGCGGGGUUCUCAACGUGUGGGUGGUUGUUGAAUUACCAAAGGCAGAUGUGGCCGGUUCAAUAAGUGAUUUAGGGUUAAUACCUGGAGGGAGAAUAAAGUUGGUGCACAGCGCUGUGUCUCACCUGAGGGACAGCCUUUCCCACAAAGGCGACGAACUUCGGGGGAGCAUUCAAACGCUGAACGUCAAGUUUCUGCCUGCGGACCCCAAUCGCUUCGUCGUCGGCACCAACAUGGGUGUUGUGAGCCACCGCGCCAGGCAGGGGUUGAGCGUGUCCCCCAGGUGCUUCCGACCCCAGCAGCCAGGCCUGAGGCCAGUCUGCGUGAACGCGAUCGACUUCUCGCCGUUUGGAGAGCCGAUAUUCCUGGCCGGCUGCGGGGACGGGAGCGUCCGGCUGCACCAGCUGGCCUCUGAGUGGCCGCUCCUGCAGUGGGACCGCGGCACGGAGGGCCGCGCCGUCGCCGGCCUGCGGUGGUCCCCCACCCGGCCCGCGGUGUUCUUCGUCUGGGACGACGCUUCCUGCCUUUACGUCUGGGACCUCCUGCAAAGCGACCUGGGCCCUGUGGCCAAGCACCCCGUCGCCCCAGACCGGCUGGUGACCUUGACCGUCGUGGGCGAGCCUGAGAAAGCCAGCGGUGGCUUCCUGGCCCUGGUGCUGGCCAGAGCCUCCGGCCGCGUGGACGUCCAGUACGCGAAGAGUGAGUGGGCGGCCCCGGUGGCGGACGAGCAGAGGAGGCUGCAGCUGCUUCUGCGGGAGGCUCUUUAG